ACAGACUUUAUGAUAUAAAAAGAAUUGACAAAGAAUACAGCUACAAGACAUCUCAACUGCUUUUACAGCACAAAGAUGGACAGCAAUGAGCUGAGGAUUGUGCUCAUUGGAAGGACUGGAAGUGGAAAGACUUCAACCAUGAACACCAUCCUGCAGACACCUGACUCACCUGGGUUGUCUGCUUCCUCAGAUACAUUGGCGUGUGAGAGGAAGGAAGGAGAAUUUGAUGGAAGAAAGUUGGUUGUUGUCGAUACUCCUGGUUGGUCCAACACUGAGUUAGAAGAAAAAGAAGUGGUAAACAAGAUCGUCAAAUGCAUCGUACAUGCUGCUCCUGGUCCUCAUGUGUUCCUGUAUGUGCGAGAGCUACGGAAAGUGACAAAAAGAGAUAUGGAGGCGUUGGAAACCUUUGAGAAGAUUUUUGGUGAAGAGUCAAAAAGUCACUUUCUGACCUUGUUCUACUGUACAAGUGACACUGACAAAGAUAAAAUCGAGCAGUGCAUAAAUGACCAAGUAACUCAAAGAUUUGGAGGGCAACACUAUGUUUUUGACAACAAGAACCCCGACCAAGUGUCUGGGCUACUGAAAAAGAUUGAUGAUAUUGUUGAAAAGACGGGGGGGCAUUACACCAAUGACAAGUUUGAAAAGGCAGAGGACGCCAUUGACAAAAAAAUGCAGGAAACUGGUGAUUCAAAACAAGAUGCUCUGGACAGACUGGUUGAUGAGAUUUUAAAUUACACUGUGGGUGAACCAUUAAAAAGUGUGGUGCAAGGAGUAAUUAAAUUGCUGGAAAACAUAGAUUGUAAAUGUGUCAUACAGUGAAUUGUCCACAUGUUGAUGUUUUGCCAAGAGUGAUAAAGGGAGUAGGGAAAUAAAAAUGGGUAGAAAUUAAAGGAAAAGAAGCUAAAGUGUGAUAGAAAUGUGAUGUACCUGCUAAAGGACAACUAGAACCUUCUUAAUGACCUUUAAACCUAAAACCAUUCAUAGAACCUCUUCAGUGGCCUUUUAAACAGCCUGUAGAACAAUCUAAAUUACCUCCAGAACUUUCCCAUCAACCACUGAGGCAUCCUAAACGAUCCUGAGAAUCUCCUCAGUAAUGACUAGAACCCUGCAAAGGACCCCAUUAUUCUCCUUUAGAUUCUCUAUAUAAUGUACUAAUGUGGUGAAUUAAACGAAAGUAAAACACAACAUGUAAGUAUGUCACUGAGCCUGGAGCAAAGUUUUUCCUUUAAUUUGUCACCUGUCUGUAUACCAUAGUGGUAAUAAUCUGUAAAUUAGGCCUGCUUUCCAUCUAUUUUAUUUUUUUCUGUUUUUUCACAGAAUCAUCUUGUUUUCAGAUUAGGUGCUAGGGAGAGAAAUGAUACCUUUAAAAAUUUUCUUUUCUUUCUUGCAGCUGUACAUUAAUGUUGAUACAAAUUGCAGUUGGGGUGGAAACCCUGACAGUUGUCAACAGAUGUAGACAAAUUACCUUUAUAUAGCUCUGAUGUGCUACAGCAAAUGGAUUUUAAAGAAAGGCAGGGAUUUUUUAAAAAUGUCUCUUAAAAUACUAACUUACUAUGUAUUUCAUUAUUUUUUCCAAAAUAUCUGCUCUUGGCAACUAAAGCAUGUUGAGUGUUUUUGUGGUCCUGUGGUCCUGUCCAAGCUUAGGUGAGAGGAUUAAAGAUUGUUGGCGUGGUUAAAUAUAGAACAAAUAAACAGUGACUUGUGUGAACAGUGUGAAACAGCAAUUGUUGAUUCUUUAUGAUCAAAUGUUAUUGUGGGAUAUAUCACUUGCCUGUGGUCUAAGACUUGUGCUAUAACUGUGCUUUGAAUGUGGCUGGGGACUUUUGUUCUGUUGUUGCAUCUCAUCCACCACUCCCUCUCCCCAUGUGCCUUCACUGUCUCUACUGUGUAUGAUGUAAUGAAGCUAAAUUGAAACCAAAGAAAGUGUUUGUGACAUGAGUUUAUGUAGCCUUAGCCUAGUCUAUUCCUGUAGUCUUUCUGAUACAAAAAGUUUAUGUGUGGAGCUUUGAAUCAAACCAAUAUUAGAGGAAACACUGUUUAUACAACAAAAUCACAUCUGAAAAUAAAACAUGAUGCACAUGAA